AUGGAGAGCCUGAUCGGUGGAAGUUUGGUUCUGACGAAGUUGGCCAAACUCUUCACUCUGUUCUCCCCAGUGACGCUGCUGCUCCUGACAACGGUAGGCUGCGCGAUCUACGUGUAUAACCGACGACGCGCCCAUAUCGUGCGGCACAUCGAGAAGAUUCCUGGUCCAGCGGGUUUGCCCAUCCUUGGCAACACGCUGCACAUCAAUGUCGACCACGAUGAAAUCUUCAAUCGAAUCAUCGCCAUUCGGAAGCUGUAUGGAAGAAUUCAAGGGUUUAGCAGAGCCUGGAAUGGCCCUUUGCCUUAUGUCAUGAUCUCUAAAGCCAGCGCAGUCGAGCGUAUCCUCGGCAGCCAAAAGCAUAUAGAAAAAAGCCAUGAUUAUGAGUUUCUGAAGCCAUGGUUAGGAACGGGUUUGCUUACGAGCCCUGGGAAGAAGUGGCAUCCACGGCGCAAGAUUCUGACUCCUGCCUUUCACUUCAAGAUUCUGGACGACUUUGUAGACAUCUUUCAGGAACAAAGCGCUGUGCUAGUAAAGCGGCUUGCUGCCGAGCUGGGUAACGAGGAAGGAUUCAACUGUUUCCCGUAUGUGACUCUGUGUGCUCUCGACGUUGUGUGUGAAACAGCCAUGGGACGGCAAGUUAAUGCACAAUGCAACUCAGAUUCCGAAUAUGUGAAAGCUGUGUACCAAAUUGGAAGCAUCGUACAGAAUCGACAGCAAAAAAUUUGGCUACAACCAGAUUUCAUCUUUAAACUAACGCAAGAUUAUAAGGAUCAUCAAAAGUGCCUCGGAAUUUUACACGAGUUUUCUAAUCGAGUCAUCCAUGAACGGAAGGAGGAAAUUAGACUCCAGAAGCUUAUUGACGACAAGAAUAAUAACAAACAAAACGGCAACGGUCAAGACAAUCAGGAUGGGAACAAUAACAAAGACGAAUAUCUGUCGCAUGAAGAAUUUGGACGUAAGAAACGACUCGCCUUCCUGGAUCUGCUUAUCGAGGCUUCACAGGACGGUACGGUUCUUACCCACGAGGACAUUCGUGAAGAGGUUGACACGUUUAUGUUCGAGGGUCAUGACACAACAUCGGCAGCCAUCUCUUGGAUUUUGCUAUUGCUCGGAACCAACCCGGCCAUCCAGGAUCGUAUCGUAGAAGAAAUCGAUCAGAUCAUGGGAGGAGAUCGUGAACGUUUCCCCACAAUGCAGGAGUUGAACGAGAUGAAAUAUCUGGAGGCUUGCAUCAAAGAAGGUUUGCGCCUGUAUCCGAGUGUACCACUCAUAGCUCGGCGAUUAACCGAAGAUGUUGACAUCGAUGGAUAUGUGUUACCAGCUGGAACAACAGCUAUGAUCGUCGUAUACCAAUUGCAUCGCAAUCCAGAAGUGUUUCCCAAUCCUGAUAAAUUUAAUCCGGAUCACUUCCUACCUGAAAAUUGUCGAGGCCGUCAUCCAUACGCGUAUAUCCCAUUUAGUGCUGGGCCACGGAAUUGCAUAGGUCAGAAGUUUGCAGUAUUAGAAGAGAAGUCAAUCAUUUCUGCCGUACUGCGUAAGUACCGAAUCGAAGCGGUCGAUCGAAGAGAGAAUCUUACGUUGCUAGGUGAAUUAAUUCUACGACCUAAAAACGGAUUACGCAUUCGAAUCUUUCAACGAAACUGA